AUGGGCAACGAGGCCAGCCUGGAGGGCGGCGCUGGCGACGGGCCGCUGCCCCCUGGAGGCGCCGGCCCCGGCCCCGGCCCCGGCCCCAGCCCCGGCGCAGGAAAGCCUCCUUCAGCACCGGCCGGCGGCGGACAGCUCCCUGCGGCGGGAGCAGCGCGGUCGACCGCUGUACCACCGGUCCCUGGUCCCGGCCCCGGCCCCGGCCCCGGCCCUGGCCCGGGCAGCACUUCCCGGAGACUGGACCCUAAGGAAACCCUGGGUAGCCAGAGAACAGCUUCCCCAACUCCGAAACAAGCUUCUGCUACCACUCCUGGCCAAGAGAGCCCCCGGGAGACAAGGGCACAGGGACCAGCAGGCCAGGAGGCUGAUGGUCCCCGCAGGACACUGCAGGUAGACAGCAGGACACAGAGAUCAGGGCGGUCCCCCUCAGUGUCACCGGACAGAGGCAGCACCCCCACAUCACCCUACUCCGUCCCUCAGAUUGCUCCCCUUCCCAGCAGCACGCUAUGUCCCAUAUGCAAGACUUCGGACCUCACGUCGACCCCCAGCCAGCCAAACUUCAACACCUGCACCCAGUGUCACAACAAGGUCUGCAACCAGUGUGGGUUCAACCCCAACCCUCAUCUCACCCAGGUGAAGGAAUGGCUCUGUCUGAACUGUCAGAUGCAGAGGGCUCUGGGAAUGGACAUGACCACUGCACCUCGCUCCAAGAGCCAGCAGCAGCUGCACUCCCCAGCCCUGUCUCCUGCCCACUCCCCGGCCAAACAGCCCCUGGGGAAGCCAGAGCAAGAGAGAUCUCGGGGUCCAGGAGGACUACAGCCUGGGUCCCGCCAGGGUGAGACAGCCAGGGCCACCUCAGUGCCGGGGCCUGCCCAAGCAGCUGCCCCUCCAGAGGUGGGGAGGGUGUCUCCUCAGCCCCCUCAACCCACCAAGCCUUCCACAGCUGAGCCCAGGCCACCUGCAGGAGAGGCCCCAGCCAAAAGUGCCACUGCAGUGCCCACUGGGCUUGGUGCCGCCGAGCAGACCCAGGAGGGCCUCACUGGUAAGCUCUUCGGCCUCGGCGCAUCACUGCUAACCCAGGCGAGCACCCUCAUGUCUGUGCAGCCUGAGGCUGACACCCAGGGCCAGCCUGCCCCCAGCAAGGGGUCACCCAAGAUCGUCUUCAGUGAUGCCAGCAAGGAGGCUGGCCCAAAACCCUUGGGCUUAGGGCCCGGGCCUGGGCCAGCACCUGGAGCCAAAACUGAGCCUGGGGCUAGAACGGGUCCUGGAUCUGGACCUGGAGCCCUGCCGAAAACUGGGGGAACAACCAGUCCAAAGCAUGGAAGAGCAGAACAUCAGGCAGCAUCGAAGGUUGCUGCCAAGCCAAAGACCAUGCCGAAGGAAAGGGCCACCUGCCCACUGUGCCAAGCCGAGCUCAAUGUGGGCAGCAAGAGCCCAGCCAACUAUAACACAUGCACCACCUGCAGGCUCCAGGUGUGCAACCUGUGUGGCUUCAACCCAACACCACACCUGGUGGAGAAAACAGAGUGGCUGUGUCUGAACUGCCAAACCAAGCGGCUACUGGAGGGCAGCCUGGGAGAGCCGACCCCUCUGCCACCACCCACCUCACAGCAGCCCCCUGUGGGGGCCCCUCACCGUGCAUCUGGAGCAUCCCCUCUGAAGCAGAAAGGGUCACAGGGGCUGAGCCAGCCAUCAGGCCCCCUGCCUGCCAAGGCCAGCCCUUUACCCACCAAGGCCAGCCCUCUAUCCACCAAGGCCAGCCCUCUGCCCACCAAGGCCAGCCCCCAGGCCAAGCCCCUCAGGGCUUCUGAACCCAGCAAGACCCCAAGCAGUGCCCAGGAAAAGAAGACCGGAGUCCCCACUAAAGCUGAGCCCAUGCCGAAGCCACCUCCAGAGACUACCCCAACCCCUGGGACUCCUAAAGUAAAGAGUGGGGUGAGGAAGGCUGAACCUGCCACCCCUGUCGUCAAGGCUGUUCCAGAAGCCCCCAAGGGUGGGGAGGCAGAGGACCUGGUGGGCAAGCCUUACUCUCAGGACAUGUCUCGGAGCCCACAGAGCCUCAGUGACACAGGCUAUUCCUCCGACGGCAUCUCUAGCUCCCAGAGUGAGAUCACAGGAGUCGUGCAGCAGGAGGUGGAACAGCUGGACAGCGCAGGGGUGACAGGGCCACAUCCACCCAGCCCUUCUGAGAUCCACAAGGUGGGGAGCAGCAUGCGGCCUUUGCUGCAGGCUCAGGGCCUGGCCCCCAGUGGUGAGCGGAGCAAGCCACUCUCCAGCAGUACUGGUGAGGAGCAGAAGCAGCGGCCCCACUCCUUGUCCAUCACGCCUGAGGCCUUUGACUCUGAUGAGGAGCUGGAGGAUAUCCUGGAGGAAGACGAAGACGCUGUUGAGUGGAGGCGCCGGAGAGAGAAGCAGGACACUGCUGAGUCCUCAGAUGACUUUGGCAGCCAACUGAGGCACGACUAUGUGGAGGACAGCAGUGAGGGUGGCCUGUCACCUCUUCCACCCCAGCCCCCAGCCCGGGCAGCAGAACUGACUGAUGAGGAGUUCAUGCGACGGCAGAUUCUGGAGAUGAGCGCCGAGGAAGACAACCUGGAGGAGGAUGACACUGCCACCUCCGGGCGUGGCCUGGCCAAACAUGGCACCCAGAAGGGUGACCCCAGACCCAGGCCUGAGCCUAGCCAAGAACCAGCAGCACUGCCCAAGAGGCGCCUGCCCCACAAUGCCACCACAGGCUAUGAGGAGCUGCUCCCUGAGGGAGGCCCAGCAGAAGCUACCGAUGGCAGUGGGGCCCUGCAGGGUGGGCUCCGUCGCUUCAAGACCAUUGAGCUCAACAGCACGGGCAGUUAUAGUCAUGAGCUAGAUCUGGGCCAAGGCCCAGACCCCAGUCUGGACCGGGAGCCCGAGCUGGAGAUGGAGAGCCUGACGGGCUCCCCUGAGGACCGUUCCCGUGGUGAGCACUCCUCUACACUGCCUGCCUCCACACCCAGCUACACCUCAGGUACCUCUCCCACCUCUCUGUCCUCCCUAGAGGAGGACAGUGACAGCAGCCCCAGCCGCAGGCAGCGUCUAGAAGAAGCGAAGCAGCAGCGCAAGGCCCGGCACCGCUCCCACGGGCCCCUGCUACCCACCAUUGAGGACUCUUCGGAGGAGGAGGAGCUGCGGGAGGAAGAGGAGCUACUGCGUGAGCAAGAGAAGAUGCGGGAGGUGGAGCAGCAGCGCAUCCGCAGCACGGCCCGCAAGACCCGGCGGGACAAGGAAGAACUGCGGGCCCAGCGGAGGCGAGAGCGCUCCAAGACACCACCCAGUAACUUGUCACCCAUUGAGGACGCCUCCCCCACGGAGGAGCUGAGGCAGGCGGCCGAGAUGGAGGAGCUGCACCGCUCCUCCUGCUCCGAGUACUCACCCUCGCCCUCCCUUGACUCUGAGGCUGAGGCCUUGGAUGGUGGCCCUAGCCGGCUUUACAAGUCAGGCAGUGAGUACAACCUGCCCACUUUCAUGUCCCUCUACUCACCAACCGAAACACCCUCUGGCAGCUCCACCACUCCCAGUUCCGGACGGCCCCUCAAGAGUGCCGAGGAGGCUUAUGAGGAGAUGAUGCGCAAAGCUGAGCUGCUUCAGAGGCAGCAAGGCCAGGCGGCAGGGGCCCGGGGACCCCAUGGCGGCUCCUCUCAGCCCACAGGCCCCCGGGGCCUGGGCUCCUUCGAAUAUCAAGACACUACAGACCGUGACUAUGGUCGGGCUGCUCAGCCUGCCGCAGAGGGCACGCCAACCAGCCUGGGAGCGGCCGUGUAUGAAGAAAUCCUUCAGACAUCACAGAGCAUAGUCCGCAUGCGGCAGGCCUCCUCACGUGACCUGGCUUUUGCUGAGGACAAAAAGAAGGAGAAGCAGUUUCUAAAUGCUGAGAGUGCAUACAUGGACCCAAUGAAGCAAAAUGGCGGCCCCCUUACCCCUGGUACCAGUCCCACCCAGCUCACGGCCCCUGUGUCCUUCUCUACCCCUACCUCCUCAGACAGCAGCAGGGGCCGAGUUAUUCCCGAUGUCCGUGUCACUCAGCAUUUUGCAAAGGAGACUCAGGACCCCCUCAAGCUGCACAGCUCUCCUGCCUCCCCCAGCUUAACCUCCAAGGAGGUAGGCAUGCCCUUUUCCCAGGGCCCUGGAACUCCAGCCACCACAGCUGUGGCUCCUUGUCCAGCUGGGCUGCUACGAGGAUAUAUGACUCCAGCCUCCCCAGCAGGCUCCGAGCGCAGUCCUUCACCAUCUUCCACAGCCCACAGCUAUGGACACAGCCCAACCACUGCAAACUAUGGGUCCCAAACUGAGGAUCUACCCCAGGCCCCCAGUGGCCUUGCCGCAGCUGGACAGGCUGCUAGAGAGAAGCCCCUGAGUGCGAGUGAUGGUGAGGGUGGCACUCCUCAGCCUUCCCGGGCAUAUUCCUACGUUGCAAGCUCCAGCCCACCUCUCUCCCCAUCUUCCCCCUCAGAGAGUCCCACAUUCUCCCCUGGCAAGCUGGGCCCAAGGGCCACAGCAGAGUUCUCUACACAGACGCCAAGUCCAGCCCCUGCCUCCGACAUGCCACGGAGCCCUGGUGCCCCCACUCCAUCACCUAUGGUAGCCCAGGGCACACAAACACCACAUCGACCCAGCACGCCUCGCCUGGUGUGGCAGGAAUCCUCUCAGGAGGCUCCCUUUAUGGUCAUCACACUGGCAUCAGAUGCCUCCAGCCAGACCAGAAUGGUACAUGCCAGUGCCUCCACCUCCCCACUCUGCUCACCUACUGAAAUCCAGCCUACCACCCAUGGCUACAGCCAGACAACACCUCCGAGUGUGUCUCAGCUGCCCCCAGAGCCACCUGGGCCACCUGGCUUUCCACGGGCACCCAGUGCUGGUGCGGACGGGCCCCUGGCACUAUAUGGCUGGGGUGCCCUCCCUGCUGAGAACAUCUCCCUGUGCCGGAUCUCCUCUGUCCCUGGGACAUCUAGGGUUGAGCCAGGCCCCAGGCCCCCUGGCACUGCAGUGGUAGACCUCCGCACAGCUGUCAAGCCCACUCCCAUCAUCCUCACUGACCAGGGCAUGGACCUCACCUCUCUUGCUGUGGAAGCGAGGAAGUAUGGUCUUGCCCUGGAUCCAAUCCCAGGACGGCAGUCGACUGCCGUGCAGCCCUUGGUUAUCAACCUCAAUGCCCAGGAGCAGACCCAUACCUUCCUUGCCACUGCCACCACAGUGAGCAUCACCAUGGCCUCGUCUGUGCUCAUGGCUCAACAAAAGCAGCCUGUGGUCUAUGGAGACCCCUACCAGAGCCGCCUUGAUUUUGGCCAGGGUGGGGGUAGCCCUGUGUGCCUGGCCCAGGUCAAACAAGUAGAGCAGGCUGUCCAGACAGCCCCAUACCGAAGUGGGCCCCGGGGAAGACCCAGGGAGGCCAAGUUUGCCAGAUAUAACCUGCCCAACCAAGUAGCACCUCUGGCCAGAAGGGACGUUUUGAUCACUCAGAUGGGCACCGCCCAGAGCAUUGGCCUCAAGCCAGGUCCAGUGCCAGAGCUGGGUGCCGAGCCCCACCGGGCUACCCCUGCAGAGUUGCGGUCACAUGCUCUGCCAGGUGCCAGGAAGCCACACACAGUGGUGGUGCAGAUGGGAGAGGGCACGGCAGGCACUGUGACCACACUGCUCCCAGAGGAGCCUGCGGGUGCCCUGGACCUUACCGGGAUGAGGCCUGAGAGCCAGCUGGCAUGCUGUGACAUGGUCUACAAGCUCCCCUUUGGCAGCAGCUGCACUGGCACCUUCCACCCAGCCCCCAGUGUGCCUGAGAAGAGCAUGGCAGAUGCUGCCCCACCUGGCCAAAGCAGUGGCCCCUUCUAUGGUCCCCGGGACCCUGAGCCUCCUGAGCCCCCCACCUACCGGGCACAGGGGGCUGUGGGGCCUGGGCCCCAUGAGGAGCAGAGGCCCUACCCACAAGGCCUGCCUGGUAGGCUAUACUCCUCCAUGUCUGACACCAAUUUGGCUGAGGCUGGCCUCAACUACCAUGCCCAGAGGAUCGGGCAGCUCUUCCAGGGUCCUGGACGAGAGUCAGCUAUGGACCUCAGCUCACUGAAGCACUCUUACAGUCUGGGCUUUGCGGACGGACGCUACCUAGGGCAGGGCUUGCAGUAUGGCUCAGUCACAGACCUGCGUCAUCCUACAGACCUUUUGGCUCACCCGCUUCCCAUGCGGCGCUAUAGUUCAGUGUCGAACAUCUAUUCAGACCACAGGUACGGCCCACGGGGAGAUGCAGUUGGCUUCCAGGAGGCCAGCCUGGCCCAGUACAGUGCCACCACAGCCCGUGAAAUCAGUCGCAUGUGCGCUGCCCUCAACUCCAUGGACCAGUAUGGUGGGCGGCAUGGCAUUGGUGGUGGUGGCCCUGACCUUGUGCAAUACCAGCCUCAGCAUGGGCCUGGGCUCAGUGCUCCGCAGAGUCUGGCUCCCCUCAGACCUGGACUCCUUGGCAACCCCACCUUUCCAGAGGGCCACCCAAGUCCUGGGAACUUUGCCCAGUAUGGGCCUGCAGCAGGCCAGGGAACAGCAGUCAGACAGCUGCUGCCGUCCACAGCCACUGUACGUGCAGCUGAUGGCAUGAUCUACUCGACUAUCAAUACCCCAAUUGCUGCAACACUGCCCAUCACCACCCAGCCUGCCUCAGUCCUGCGGCCCAUGGUGCGUGGUGGCAUGUACAGGCCUUAUGCAUCUGGUGGAAUCACAGCCGUGCCACUCACCAGUCUGACACGUGUGCCCAUGAUUGCCCCCCGGGUACCUCUUGGACCCACAGGGCUGUACCGAUAUCCUGCACCAAGUAGAUUUCCCAUUGCUUCCAGUGUUCCACCUGCAGAAGGGCCUGUCUAUCUGGGGAAACCUGCUGCUGCCAAGGCCUCCGGGGCUGGGGGCCCUCCAAGGCCAGAGAUACCAGUAGGGGCUGCACGGGAAGAGCCUCUUCCCACAACCACCCCUGCUGCCAUCAAGGAGGCUGCAGGAGCCCCAGCUCCUGCCCCACUAGCUGGCCAGAAGCCACCAGUAGAUGCUGCUCCCGGGGGUGGCAGUGGGGCCCUCAGCCGGUCAGGGCUCGAGAAAGAGGAAGCAUCACAGGAGGAGAGGCAGCGGAAGCAACAGGAGCAGCUUCUCCAGCUAGAGCGGGAGCGGGUGGAGUUGGAGAAGCUGCGGCAACUUCGGCUGCAAGAGGAGCUAGAGCGGGAACGUGUGGAGCUGCAGAGGCACCGUGAGGAGGAGCAGCUGCUGGUGCAGCGGGAGUUGCAGGAGCUGCAGACCAUCAAGCACCAUGUGCUGCAGCAGCAGCAAGAGGAACGCCAGGCUCAAUUUGCACUGCAGCGGGAACAGCUAGCGCAGCAGCGUCUGCAGCUGGAGCAGAUCCAGCAGCUGCAGCAGCAGCUGCAACAGCAGCUAGAGGAGCAGAAGCAGCGGCAGAAGGCUCCCUUUCCUGCAGCCUGUGAGGCACCUGGCCGAGGGCCUCCCCUAGCGGCUGCUGAGCUGGCCCAGAAUGGCCAGUAUUGGCCCCCGCUUACCCAUGCAGCCUUCAUUGCCAUGGCAGGGCCUGAAGGACCUGGGCAACCUCGUGAGCCUGUGUUGCACCGGGGUCUCCCCAGCUCUGCCUCAGACAUGUCACUGCAAACAGAGGAGCAGUGGGAGGCCAGCCGUGGUGGCAUCAAGAAGCGGCACUCCAUGCCACGCCUGCGGGAUGCCUGUGAGCCGGAGUCUGGGGCUGAGCCCUGUGUGGUCAGGAGGAUUGCCGACAGCAGCGUGCAGACAGAUGAUGAGGAUGGGGAGGGCCGCUACCUCUUGAGUCGGCGACGCCGGGCACGGCGGAGUGCUGACUGCAGCGUGCAGACGGACGACGAGGACAGUGCUGAGUGGGAGCAGCCAGUGCGCCGCCGCAGGUCUCGUCUUCCCCGCCACUCAGACUCAGGCUCUGACAGCAAGCACGACGCCACUGCCUCGUCAUCCAGUGCUGCUGCCACUGUGAGGGCCAUGAGCAGCGUGGGCAUCCAGACCAUCAGUGACUGCUCUGUGCAGACGGAGCCUGACCAGCUGCCCAGGGUCUCUCCAGCCAUCCACAUCACAGCUGCCACCGAUCCCAAGGUGGAGAUUGUCAGGUACAUAUCGGCGCCAGAGAAGACUGGGCGCGGGGAGAGCCUGGCCUGCCAGACGGAGCCAGAUGGGCAGGCCCAGGGUGUAGCCGGGCCGCAGCUUGUAGGGCCAACUGCCAUCAGCCCCUACCUGCCUGGCAUCCAGAUCGUCACCCCAGGGCCUCUGGGCAGAUUUGAAAAAAAGAAGCCAGAUCCCCUGGAGAUUGGGUACCAGGCCCACCUGCCUCCGGAGUCUCUCUCACAGCUUGUGAGCCGCCAGCCUCCCAAGUCCCCUCAGGUCCUCUACUCACCAGUCUCACCCCUGUCCCCUCACCGGCUCCUGGACACCUCCUUUGCUUCCAGUGAGAGGCUGAACAAGGCUCAUGUGAGUCCCCAGAAGCACUUCACGGCUGACAGCGCUCUCCGCCAGCAGACGCUGCCUCGCCCCAUGAAGACCCUGCAGCGGUCCUUGUCUGACCCUAAGCCCCUCAGCCCCACCGCUGAAGAGUCUGCCAAAGAGAGAUUCUCCCUCUACCAGCACCAGGGGGGACUGGGUAGCCAGGUGUCGGCGUUGCCACCCAACAGCCUGGUCCGCAAGGUGAAGCGGACACUGCCCAGCCCCCCUCCAGAGGAGGCUCACCUUCCCCUGGCUGGCCAGGCCUCCCCACAGCUGUAUGCAGCCAGCCUGCUGCAGCGAGGGCUGACGGGGCCCACCGCUGUCCCUGCUACCAAGGCCAGCCUGCUCCGGGAGCUGGACCGGGACCUGCGGCUGGUGGAGCAUGAGUCCACCAAGCUGCGCAAGAAGCAGGCAGAGCUGGAUGAGGAGGAGAAGGAGAUUGACGCCAAGCUCAAGUACCUCGAGCUGGGUAUCACACAACGCAAAGAGUCUUUGGCCAAAGACCGGGGUGGCCGUGACUACCCACCCUUGCGUGGUCUUGGUGAGCAUCGUGACUACCUGUCGGACAGUGAACUCAACCAGCUGCGGCUCCAGGGCUGCACCACUCCCGCUGGCCAGUAUGUGGACUUCCCUGCCACUGCCACUGCUCCUGCCGCCCCCUCUGGUCCCACUGCCUUCCAGCAGCCCCGCUUCCAGCCUCCGGCCCCACAGUAUUCUGCAGGCAGUGGUGGGCCAACUCAGAAUGGAUUCCCUGCCCACCAGGCCCCCACCUACCCUGGCCCCAACACGUACCCAGCUCCUGCCUUUCCUCCUGGCACCAGUUACCCAGCUGAGCCUGGCCUGCCAAACCAGCAGGCUUUCCGUCCCACAGGCCACUAUGCAGGUCAAACACCCAUGCCAACCACACAGAGCACCCUUUUUCCAGUCCCCACUGAUAGCCAUGCCCCACUGCAGAAGCCACACCAGACAUCGCUAGCUGACUUGGAGCAGAAGGUGCCCACCAACUAUGAGGUGAUCGCCAGCCCCGUUGUGGCCAUGUCUUCAGCCCCAUCUGAAACCAUCUACAGUGGCUCAGCAGUGAGCAGCGGCUAUGAGCAGGGCAAGGUCCCUGAGGUGCCCCGGGCUGGUGAACGUGGCAGUGCGAGCCAGAGCCCAGCCCCCACCUACCCCUCUGACUCACACUAUACCAGUCUGGAGCAGAACGUUCCUCGAAACUACGUAAUGAUCGAUGACAUCAGUGAAUUGACCAAGGACAGCACCUCUACUGCUCCUGAUAGCCAGCGGCUAGAGCCCCUGGGGCCAGGCAGCAGUGGGCGUCCAGGGAAGGAGCCUGGAGAACCAGGUGUCCUUGAGGGGCCUACACUGCCCUGCUGCUAUGCCAGAGGAGAAGAAGAAUCUGAGGAGGACUCAUACGACCCCCGCGGGAAGGGUGGCCACCUCCGGAGCAUGGAGAGCAAUGGUCGACCAGCCGGUACCCACUACUAUGCUGACAGUGACUACAGGCAUGGGGCUCGAGCAGAGAAGUAUGGUCCAGGGCCCAUGGGGCCCAAGCAUCCCUCCAAGAGUCUGGCUCCAGCUGCCAUCUCCUCAAAGCGCAGCAAGCACCGGAAGCAGGGCAUGGAACAAAAGAUCUCCAAGUUCUCACCUAUUGAAGAGGCCAAGGACGUGGAGUCAGACCUGGCGUCCUACCCCCCACCUGCAGUCAGCAGCAGCCUGGUCUCUCGGGGCAGGAAGUUCCAGGAUGAAAUCACCUAUGGGCUCAAGAAGAACGUGUAUGAGCAGCAGAGAUAUUAUGGGAUGUCCACCCGGGACACACUAGAGGAGGAUGACCGCAUUUAUGGUGGGAGCAGCCGGUCCCGGGCACCUUCUGCAUACAGUGGGGAGAAGCUGUCCAGCCACGACUUCAGUGGCCGGGGCAAGGGGUAUGAAAGGGAACGGGAGGCUGUGGAGCGACUUCAAAAAGCGGGCCCCAAGCCCUCAUCCUUAAGUAUGGCCCACAGCCGGGCACGACCCCCCAUGCGGAGCCAGGCCUCUGAAGAGGAGAGCCCCGUCAGCCCCUUGGGGAGGCCCCGCCCUGCCGGAGGGCCCCUCCCUCCCGGCGGGGAUACCUGCCCACAGUUCUGCUCCAGUCACUCCAUGCCUGAUGUCCAGGAGCAUGUCAAGGACGGACCUCGGGCCCACGCAUAUAAGCGUGAGGAGGGCUACAUCCUGGAUGAUUCCCACUGCGUGGUUUCCGACAGCGAAGCUUAUCACCUGGGCCAGGAGGAGACGGACUGGUUUGAUAAGCCCCGGGAUGCCCGCUCUGACCGGUUCAGGCACCACGGGGGCCAUGCAGUUUCCUCCUCCUCCCAGAAGCGAGGCCCUGCCAGGCACAGCUACCAUGACUACGAUGAACCCCCUGAGGACGGCCUGUGGCCUCAUGAUGAGGGUGGCCCAGGCCGCCAUGCCUCAGCCAAGGAACACCGGCAUCACGGUGACCACGGGCGGCACUCAGGCCGCCACACUGGUGAGGAGCCAGGACGGCGUGCUGCCAAACCACACGCUCGGGACCUGGGUCGCCAUGAGGCCCGGCCCCACUCUCAGCCCAGCUCUGCUCCAGCUAUGCCGAAGAAGGGUCAGCCUGGGUACCCCAGCUCUGCUGAGUACUCACAGCCAUCCCGUGCUCCAUCCGCAUACCAUCAUGCCUCUGAUAGCAAGAAGGGCUCCCGGCAAGCCCACUCCGGGCCCGCUGCACUGCAGUCAAAAGCAGAACCUCAGGCACAGUCACAGUUGCAAGGUCGGCAGGCAGCUCCAGGACCACAACAGUCACAGUCACCAUCAUCCAGGCAAAUGCCCUCUGGGGCAGCAUCGCGCCAGCCACAGCCACAGCAGCAGCAGCAGCAGCAGCAGCAGCAGCAGCAGCAGCAACAGCAAGGUCUUGGGCUGCAGCCCCCACAGCAGGCUCCGACGCAGGCUCGGCUGCAGCAACAGAGCCAGCCAACCGCCCGGGGCUCAGCCCCUGCGGCCAGCCAGCCUGCAGGGAAGCCUCAGCCAGGCCCCACCACAGCCACAGGCCCUCAACCAGCAGGACCGCCACGGGCAGAACAGACAAAUGGCUCUAAAGGGACAGCCAAAGCACCACAACAGGGGAGGGCUCCUCAGGCCCAGCCAACGCCAGGACCUGGACCUGCAGGUGUGAAGGCUGGAGCCAGGCCUGGAGGAACCCCAGGGGCUCCUGCCAGGCAGCCAGGUGCCGAUGGGGAGAGCAUGUUCUCCAAGAUCCUCCCUGGCGGGGCAGCCGAGCAAGCUGGCAAACUGACGGAAGCUGUCUCUGCUUUUGGCAAAAAAUUUUCCUCAUUCUGGUGACCAUGCCCAGCAUGGCUCUUGAAGAAAUGAAGAGAGGUAUCAUUGCUGUGGAAAAAUCUCUGGAGUCAGAGGUCUGGGCGCAGCUCUGGACUCUGCGUAUAACAGUGAGUGUCAGGAUCAGGGUGAGAUGGGCCA